AUGGACACCAACGGCGGCACCAUGAACGGUGUGGGGCGAGAUGGGGCUCCAGACACCUUGUCCGCUUCGCAAUAUCUGCAGGACAAAUUGCUGGAGCGGAGAGCAAAGAAUAUGCGACCCAAGCGCGUGCGGCAGUCAGACUUUGGACCCAGGAAUGGUCGCGACGAUGACAUCUUCUUCAACGAGGCAGAGGAGAGCAGGCGUGGCGGGAGCAGGGCGUUCGACAGUUCACCGUUGACAGCUGGAUCGCGGCGGGGCUCGGAGAUGGGGGAGAGCAAUGGAAGGAAGCGAGCACCAGGAGCAAGGGAUCUAAAUGAGCAAAUGGAUCGCUUGACGAAGCAGAACUUUGCCCUGAAGCUGGAGCUUGAUCACCGAAGGGAGAGCACGACGAAGUUGCAGGAGCAGAUCGAGAGCAUGCGGAUGCAGGUCGAACGGGCUGAGCAGUUGGAGCAGGAACAUGCCGAGCUACUACGGAUUAAUAGUCAGCUAGUAGAGGAGCUGGAGAAGCGUGACAAGGCUGUCGAGGAGGCUAUGGACAUCAUCUGUGAUCUGGAGGACAAGGUCGCGGAUAUGGAGGACAGGCGCAGCGCGACCAGGCCUUCGACGGCAAACGCAGACUCUGGGUACGCCGGUACCGAGACACAUGAGCCAGUCCCGCCGUCCUCACCGCCGGAGCCAAUCUCACACCCAAAGACUCCGCAUGUGAAGCAACGCCAGCCUCCACCUGCCGCAUCAGCUGCUGCAACCAAGCUGCUCGGCGCUGUCAACGGCCCGACACCGGCUCGUCCUAGGAGGGAGCCGCACAUUCUGAGCCAGAAGAAGCCGAGCACUCAUGCUCUUCGCAGCGUCUAUCUCGAGACCUCGCAGGCAUUGCAUCCGGUUCAAAGCUUCAACUCCUUGCUGACUCGUAGAGAGAGUAAGCUGGAAGACGAAGAAGCGGUGUUGGACUCGCCAAGAUUGAGCGUGCUGAGUGAGAGCAGCUUUCCAUCUAUCUACAGCCCGAAGGAGCAGACCAGCCCGGACAAGUGCGCCUGGGAAGGUGAUGCAGACGACAUGACGGUGUCACCACACGGACCAUCGGCACACCUGCGGCAGGAUAGUAUCAAGCGGGUAAGCCAGUGGAUGGAGGAACGCGACCAGGUGACCGACACACCGUCAAAAUCCAACCACAUAUCGCCACCCAUCUCGCAGUUCGCCGGACUUGAUCUGCAGCCGUCGUCUCCGAUUAAGCGUCCAGUCGAUACUGCGCAGUUUCAGUCUCUGGCGAAGACCUUGUCAAACGACACCGCUACGACAUCCAAGUCUUCCGACAGCAUGCAGAAUGGCGUCUCCUACAUCAAGCCGUUCCCAAUCCGGACAGAAAGGCAGCUGCAGCCGAUGAAGGAGUCGCGGCCAACCAGUUUCGCCGGGCCAAUGUUUGGUGAGCCUCUGCUGCCUCCAACUCCUGACAGUGCAAGCACUCGCAUGCUGCGUGCCUCUCGGUCAAGCAUUGCGAACGACGACAGGAGCUUGCUCGAUACGACACCGAUACCUGUGAAGGGCUAUGAUGCGUUGGAGCCCAACGUCCGCACCGCUCCUCGUCAAUUUCGUUCGUCUGUGGAACUGCACAGUGCUUAUGAGUCAUUCGUACAGCGCCAGAACGACGAAGCUUACGAGGGCGUAGACGAGGAGGAUGAGGUGGAAGAGCGUCCAGAGACUGCGCGUGGCCUGGGUGGCGACUACGACUUUCCGGACGGCAGCUCGCUCAUCAUGGGCACACCCAGUCGAUUUCUCAAGCACGUCCAGUCGCCCUCGCCCCUCACCACCACGAAUGCGACAGACUUUGCGUCGACGAAGGCCACGCGCUUCGAGCCGCGACGGCGCCAGUCGAGCUCAGAAGUGACGGCGAGCACUCGCAAGCCAAGCAUGACGAGAGCAGAGACGAGCCCAGUGGUCAUUCCGACCUACGGCAAUAAUGCAAAAGCCGAGCGACUGUCAUCAAACGGCAGCGUAGCCAGCCCCCGCUCCCAGCAUUCCGGCUCCAGCAACCACACCGUCGUGCAGACCAUCGAGGAGACUCGCAGCAUCUCGCCCGACUUCUCCCACACCCGCUCCAACCUCUCCCACAGCAUGACCUCCCCCACCACCUCCCGCUCCCGAACCUCUCCCCCACCAGCCCGCACACUCAGCCAGAAGACUCAAUCGUUCUUCAGCCGCAUGAGCAACACCAACACCAACAACCCGCGCGACGACCCUCGCCCCAACGAAACCCGGCAGCGCGAGAAGUCGCCCCUCCCAACCCUCACCUCUACCCCAUCCUCAGCCUACAUCAACGACGUCCCCAAAGAGGCCCGCAGACCCGGUACGAGCCAGAGCAACGACAUCAACCGCGCUUUGCAAGCCACGCCGCGACCACCUAGCAGUAGAGAAGGGAGAAGGCCUUCGAUGCCCGGACGGAACAACACUGUUCCUGCGCCGCUGAGUGGAAGGAGGGGCAGCGAGGUUGGAGAGGGGGAGAGGAAGAAUUUGUUUGCGCGGAGGGGGAGCGUUAAGGCUGGUGUUGAUGCAGUGUGCGCGGCGCCUAUGGCUGCGAAUGGAAUAAGUGGUGUCGGGCAAGAAGGUGGGAGUGGAAGUGGAAGUGGAAGUGGGGGUGGGACGGGAAGGAUGGGUCUGCAGAGACGACGCGGUAGCAUUAGGGAGGCUGUUGGGUCGGCUGCGAGGAGGCCUUGGCGGUGA